AUGCGUGGAUUCAUUGUUUUGUGCCUUUCCGCCAUGGCGCUGGCUGCGCCCCAAGGGUACAACUACAAUCCUGGCCCAUCCGGCUUCGGCGGAGUCAGCACCGCCAGUGGCGGGGCCGCCUUCUUCCAAGGCAGCGCGCAGGCCGCUCCCGUGCAGCAGCAGACCUUCUUCCAGCAGCCGGCUGUGCACCACCAGCAGCAGGUCCAGCAGGUGCAGCAGGUGCAGCAGCAGCAGCAGCAGCAGGCUAUCGUGUCCAAGCGCUUCUACAUCCAUUCGGCCCCGGAGGAGGCAGAGGACUAUAAGGAGCGCCACAUCACCGUCGGCGUGCCCAAGCGCAACUACAACGUUGUGUUCAUCAAGUCGCCGCAGCGGAACAACAAGAAGACCAUCAAGAUCAGCCCAGCCUCCAAUGAGGAAAAGACCGUCAUCUAUGUCCUGAGCAAGAAGGGCGAGAGCGACGUCCAGGCCGAAGUCGUUGAGCAGGCCAGCUCGACCAGCAAACCAGAGGUCUUCUUCAUCAAGUACAAGACCCAGGAGGAGGCAGCCCAUGCGCAGCAGCAGAUCCAGGCCCAAUACGACGCUUUGGGAGGCAGCAGCCAGCUGACCGACGAGGGUGUGGCCCCCGUGACCUCUGUCAUUGGCGCCUUGGGCGGAAACGAUGGACACGCCGAGGCCGGCGGUCUUACCGGCACCGGAGCUGGCCAGAUAAUUUCCUCUGGCUCCACAGGCUCGUCGCACACAGGCAAUGCCUAUCUGCCGCCCAAUUUCUAA